AUGACCGAAGACACUUUACGUGCUUGGUGCGCGGCGGGUCAGCUUCCACCGCUGGAGUGGUGGCUGGUGAUGACGAUGGACGAGGAGGCUCGUGAGGAGUUGGCGCACCAAGGCGCACCCCGCGUCUGUGGACGUGCCCUGACGAGGCACGAGGCCAUUGUGUCUUGUUUAGAGUGUGCAGUCGACUCAACCUGCGUGUUCUGCGCGGACUGCUUUCAACACUCCCCCUGUAGGAAUCACAAGCACAUCGUGCGGCACGGUAGUGGGGGCGGGAUUUGCGACUGCGGGGAUCCCUUGGCAUGGAAAUUGGCGUCCUUCUGUUCCAGGCACAGAGGGUUCCAGCAGGGUGAUGACCCCGCCGCUGCUCUGCGGCCCACGCAAAAACGGUGGCUGGAGGUGGUCACGCGCGGGUUGCUGUUGUACCAGGCGACGCUGAUGCAGGUUUUUCCCCUGCGUGUCAACGAAUCCAGGCCGAGGGUGGACAAGGAUGCAGAAAUGCGAUGGCUUGACAGGGCACUGCGGCGCACGGUGGCGCUCUCGUUGCACCUGGCGAACGUGGGAGAGGGCUCACGACGCUUGAUGUGCCUUGCCUUGAUGGAGAAGACAGUCCAGCCUCAUCUCGUGGCACGUCGGGUGGGUGACAACGGGGCCGUGGUAAGCGUGCACGUCUCUUGCCUGGAGGAAUUCUUUAUUGCCAAUCUGGCCCCCGCGAGGGGGAAGGGUUGUAUCAUCUGGGAAAACUCACUGCUGUAUUUGCUGGGUGGCUGCGUCAGUGACCCGCUGCUUCGCAUCCCGAUUGCGGAGCUGCUGCUGAAGUACGAGGAGCGGCUCUCCGUGGUGGAGCGUCAACACGUGGAGGAACUCGCCGUCCAGGUGCUCUCUGUGAAGAACGUUGUGGACGGCCUGCUGCAGAAGACCUCUCAUCCGCCGUGGCAGUGCGUCAUUGGUAACGAGACCAUCCUUCACCGCAUGCUCUCGGCGCUGUUGUACGUCUGCUGCCACGUGCACAGAAACUCUGAACUCCUGCCAGACGACGUGGAGGUUGCCUACCAGCCUUGCCACUGGUUUGAACUUGCAGUGGCGGCGUCAGAGAACGCCAGGGUGAUGGUUGUUUCCCGACAACUCUUCCGUGCCUGGUGCAAGGCACUGUGCCUGAUUGGACUGAGUAGUAAGGUUGUCCGCGAGACGCGAGAGUCGGGCUCUGCCAAUUAUAUCAUUGACAAGGACAACGCCAUGAAGAUGGAGGCGGGCCUACGAUAUGCGUUUAACAUUGUGCGUCACAUGGUGUUUGGCGUUGGAGCCGCGCUGCUGUCUGGCAAGGAGCCCUUUUCAGCGGCUGCUGUUGCGCCGCUGGCGUCCUUUCCGCUAGUGUGGGAUGCAUCGCCCGACCCUAUGCUUAGCUAUGCCUAUCACAGGCAGGUGCUCGACGCGCUGGCCCUGCCGCCCGCGUCGCCGCUGCUGCUUGCCGCGAGUGGCACGAAUGCCAACGGAGGCGAGCAGUGUCGGGCCUACAUGCGGGAGCUAUUUAUGGAGUGUUUGCAGUUUAUUAAUGCGGCUCUGGCGGAGAAGCGCGGUGCCUUCACCCCGGCAACGUAUGUCCUUUCUGGGCAUGACGCGGAGCACAUGCUGCCGCGCUACGACCUGCUAGACGGGAAGUCGCCUAACCCAACCUCGUUUGUCGUACCGCACCUGCGUUUUUUUGCCGUGCUGGUGCAGGUGUGGGCAGGCCUGCUGCAGCAGCAACAACAACAACAGGCACAGCUGCGGACGACGAAGGUUCCAUGCUUUGGGGGUGACGCUGACGCAAGCACUGGCGAACCCUGGCAUCACGAAGACGAGUCUUCCUGCGCGCUUGUGUCAGAGGUUUUUGCGGCGUCGCAGUCACGGGCGGACUACUGGAUUGACGAGUGUCUCAUGCCAGUUGUGUUGGUGGCGCAGGUGGAACGGGGGCUUUGGCCCCGCGACGAGGGCGAUGUGACGUUGCGCACGCUGCACUACCUGAGUGUUCUCGCCCCGGAAAUAGCCACGGACGUGUACCUGCUGCAUGUGCUCAUGCUUCUGACCCCCUCCGAGGCGUUUGCCACGCAGCUGCUGCAGCGGCAUGCCGUGACGCGGCCCGAUGAGCCCACCGGGUCGUGGUACCCGCAGUUCCUGCGGCUUGUUCUCACCCUCUGUCUCACGGAGUGGAGCGCCGUCAUCCGCGACGCUGCCGACGUGCGCCGCGUCCUGCAACGCGAGGUGGUGCACAGCGUGGUGUUGUCCAGAAAAGUAUCCUUCCACGUGGUGGAGGGCAUCGCGGAGCGGUUCAAGCACAUGAUACCCGGCCUGGACCCUCACACCUUGCUUCCGUCCAUCCUGGACGAGGUCGCCGUGCUGGAGCAGCGGGAGCACGCGCAGGUGUUUGCCAUCAAAGACGCGGCGACAUGGCGCGCUAACGUGAGUCUUUACCACCCGCUUGUUAGGGAUCAUUCAUUGCCAGGUAUGCAGGAGUCGUAUGAGCGGCUGGUGCGACGGGAAAACAUGGCGAGAGCAAGGGAGGAAGGAGGGGUAUCGAUAAGAACAGCGGCAUCACCCUCAGCACCGAGAGCGGUGCUUCCGCUGCCAAACCUGCCAUGGCUGGAGGCACCGCAACAGACACAACCAGGUGGGGUGGAUACGGGUUCCGAGGUGGUGCUGCAUCGCAAGGUGUGUCUCUUGCUGCAAACACCCGCGGUGCUCUCUGUGGCGAUUGCGACGGUGCACAUGUAUCUUGCCUGUGUGAAGGGGAGCGAGAAGAAGGCUGCAAAUAAUGCGCCUAUGUCUGAGGGGCAGCUUCUCCACGCCAUGUCGGUUCUGCAUCUUGCGGUGCAAGCAUGCCGCGUCAUCAGCUCCUCCGCUCACUCCGCCACCAGCGGUGCCCCGUCGUCAUCGUGCGCUCAAGGCUCGAGACCUGCGAUUGACUGGGAUGUCGUGAAGGCGUUUCAGCAGCAGUUUAUGCCGCCGUCGGGCUACGCACGGGAUGAGCUAAAGCAGCUCUUCCCCGUGCAGGGGAUUCUGGAUGCCACCACGCUGAAGGAAAAGCUCGAGAGUGCCGUGGUGCGCUGUGGGGAGCCCGGGCUCCUCUCAUGUGAAGCCUCGGAGGCCAGGACCACCAUCGCCGUGCUGCAGCAAAUCUACGUCCAAUUCAAUGAGUUGGGGAGUGACGUGUACGGCAUUGCGUUGAUGGCGGCGCACAUCUUGCAGGGUGUGGGGGAGUUAUCCCCAGCCUUGCCUGCGGAGGGGGCGGUGGCGGCCGAGCGGCACACUACGCACCGAAGAGGAUGA